UUAGAUGCUGCCUAUGAAGGGGAGGUUCCUUUAGAGAAGCGAUUGCUGCAUGGUAUAAACUGGAAGGCUGUUUUCUCGGACCAAAUUCUAUCCGCAUUCCAACUCAGACUUAACAUGUGUAUAUUUUAAGCAACGACGAAUCGACCAGGACCAGAUCCGAGGUGCGUGUACUGAAGCGUGACGACUUAGUGAGUGGAAGAGGAUCUGACACUAUCCAGUGAGGACCGCAUCACCUGCAGUCAUGCAUUCCGGCGAGUCGUGUUGUUGAGGUUGGAUGUUUGCUGGAAUUCAAGAAACCGUAGAGUCUACUUCAUCAACACUUAUAGCAGAAAAAGUGUGAACUCAAGGGCGCGAAGAAAGCCUAGAGGGAUCCAUUGAAACACCUAAGAUGUUUUGAAGGUUCAAGAUUGAUGGGUGCUAAGUUUGGAGAUCUUUAAAGUCUACCAAAGAUCAACGGGAGUCGGAACAAGCGGCGUCAGCAUGGCGUUCAAACAUGAGAAUGUUGCAGACCUUUAUGAUAUCGGCGUUGUUCUUGGCAGCGGACACUUUGGGCAGGUGCGACAGGUGACCGAGCGGUCCACAGGAGCCCAGUGGGCCGGGAAGUUCAUCAAGACCCGCAAGAGCGCGGGCAGCCGGCUGGGCGUGGAGCGGAGCGCGGUGGCGCGCGAGGUGGAGCUGCUGCAGGCCCUGACGCACCCCAGCAUCAUGGCCCUCAAGGACGUGUUCGAGUGCCGCGCCGAGAUGGUGCUCAUCGUGGAGCUCAUCAGUGGCGGGGAGCUUUUCGACUUCAUCGCCGCCAAGGACAACGUGACGGAGAGCGAGGCCAUUGCCUUCCUGAAGCAGAUCCUGGAGGGGGUGGGCUUCAUGCACAGCAAACACAUCGCUCACUUUGACCUCAAGCCGGAGAACAUUAUGCUGUCAGACAAAGAUGCUGCAAACCCAACUAUCAAGCUCAUUGAUUUUGGAUUGGCCCACCAGUUCAAGCAAGGAGAGGAGUACAAGAGUAUGUGUGGAACCCCACAAUACAUUCCGCCCGAGGUGAUAAACUACAGUCCUCUGAGCACAGCGACGGACAUGUGGAGCAUUGGCGUGAUUACUUACAUACUAUUAAGUGGUCUGUCACCAUUUCAAGAUAACACAGAUGAGGAGACUCUGAAGAACAUCAUCGCCAUGAAGUUUGAGUUUCCCGAGCACGUUUUCAGCAUGACGAGUGAAUCGGCCAAAGAUUUCAUCAGGAAACUUUUGGUAAUGGAUCCAAUUGAAAGAAUGACAGCUGAAGAAUGUCUAAUUCAUCAGUGGAUUAAGCCUAUGACACGAAAGCAGAUGGCUAAUAGAAAUCGCUCUUCGAUAAACAUGAAGAACUUCAAGAAGUUCAACGCCAAGAGGAAAUGGAAAAUGUCGUUCAACAUGGUGUGGAUGUGCAACCGUUUUAUGCGCUUGCAACUUCUAAGUUCAGCGGCAAAUGCAGAACUGAGGGACUGUGAGAGUGACUCUGAAGACACAGAGAGCAAGCCAGCCUCUCUCAUGCGUCGCAGGCUCAGUAGCAGUUCAUAAUGCUGAUGAGAACCACUUGGUGUUGCGCGUGUAUAGCGAUGGUUACACUGCAGUGAGAGAAUACAGCAUUUCUUCCAUGUGCUCACAAUGCUUUGAAAGAUGCUAAAUUCAACAAUGAGUCAAAUAUUGAGUUCUGGCAACUGCUGGAACUUGGAUUUUUAUGGACUUUUUUUAUUUCUUGGAUUAUGCCAUUAAUUGUAUUAACACAGACAAACCUUGAUGAUGGUUGGCAUAAUGCAAUUGUGGGUUUAUAGGAAUGGACGUUGAGUGGGUAUGCUGCAAAUAAAGGCUAGGGUUUGGAAUUUUUUUGGUAACAUCGUUACUCAAAUGUAGUAGACUUGGAGUGUGGCCAGGGGACGAUAUCCACCCAGAGUUUACAAAAGCUCCCAUCAGCAGAGCACAACUGAAGAUAGUGAAACAGUUAGCUGGGUCUGGGGUGGGCUCAUCAGAAGGUUUAGUGACUAAAGAACAACAAAUGUUUACAAGGUGCAAGCAACAUUAUUUUACUUGAAUGGGAUGUGAACUGAUCUGCAUCAAUGUUCAGAUAACGUUUACCUUGCUACAUUUUUAUAUAAAAUUAUAGAAAAUGCAUGAUUUACUGUGACAUCACCUUGCCAUUUGGUCGAAUAAGCAGGAUAAAGUUGAGCUCCAGAUGAGGAAUUAUAUUUGUUUUAUCUCAGUUUGUAAUAAAAAAUAAGAAAAUGGUAACCAAAAAAACAAUAAAAAAUAUAUUCAC